CAUCAGAAGGCCUGGUGUUGGCCUGUGUAUUACUUCUUCUUGCAAUGGUUAUCCUCGUCAUCGCCGCAAGAACCUGGAUGCUCUUCAAGCAAGAUUCAGGAGACAUCCAUCAUCGAGUCCCAUCGACGACGCCAAAUGUCAUACAUGGCACAUCCACUACAACGCAGGAUACGACGACGCCAAAACUCACACGUAGCACAACCACCACAACAAUUACAAGGCGUCCCCUGACCGACGAAGAACUGACUAAACUGGCUGAAACGCGUCCCAUCACAGUCCUCUUCGUCGGUGACCACAGCUACAGUACGAUAUCGAAGGAACAAUUCCUGAUAUAUGCACAAAGCCAGCUUAACAUGAUCAAUGCAGCCUUUGCAGAAAAUAACAUCAAGCUGAAGAUGAAAGUAUACGACACCUAUGUGCUGAAUGAGGAACAGGAAAGAAACCACCUCGUGGAAAUUCCUGGGAGACAGUUUCAGUCAAUUGACUCAGAGAGAACCUCUGAGAGACUUAAGGGAAGAAUAGUUGAAUACCCUGGGGUCAACGAGUCCGACAUCGUCUACGUAUUUACGAGAAAGCUCCUCAGCAGGGAAGGUUCUCAACAGACUAGUUGGGACUGGUACGAAGAUAAAACAGGACCCUGUGGAGGACGUUUGCUGCCCAACAUCUACUACGACCCUCCCUUUUCCUACCUAGCUGUUACACAUUGUAUGUGGUCCAACACCCUGGUCAGGAUAGUGAACACGAGUGAAUGCGAUGACAUGCAUCUUGAUCAAUGCUACCAACAUCUCAUCCCUGCAUAUAAGGACGACUUGAAUAGAAGUCUAUGCUACACAACGACAGACACGCAAAAUGCGCCUACAUUUUCAGGAGUAGUAGGAUUCAACGUAGAUAAUUUCUGUAAGGCGAGCGCUCUUAUAGAUGGACUAACAGCGGGCAAAGGCUCUACAGUGAGCAAAUCGUGUACCACGCCGUGUGGGGUUUCGGGACACUCGUAUGACACCAACUUCUUUGGUCCAUGCAAGGCUCCGCAGUCUCCCGGACAAGCAUGCUUCGACGACGACGAUGCGCUGUGCUUCUUGAAGAAAUGUGGAAAGAAAUACAGCGAGAUAAAAGCGCUGUCCCGUCGUAACUGGAACCUACCAGACAGCCAUUACGACGAAAUGGAUGCCUGUGCUAAAUAUCCAUGACAUGACGUUCAUCUGCUCCAGGUUACCUGGUCGUGUCGUGCUGGCUACUUCGAUUCGACUAAGUGCCUGCUGCCGCUGUCUUGUGUUCAAUAUUGCUGUUCAAUAUGUCACUCUAUAACAGAUUGAUGCUCAUUUG